CUGUGUAAUUUGACAGAGGACGGCAUUGCUCCAUGGUGUUUUUCUGGGAGGAGUGGGACAGCAGCCGUACAGGGAAAGAAAACAGCAAUAAGCAACAACCGAGGGCUUCAAACCUGGCUCUGUGGGACUUGGACGGAACCGAAUUGCUGGAGUUAAUCGGGAAUACCUUUCCUAGACCGUCUUUUAGCUCACCGCGUCGGUGCUCACUUUUAAUUACCGAGCAGUAUUCGGGACUCAUGGAUAAAAGGAGAGCAGGCGGAGACGACGACAUCAAAGGGGCUCCCGGGUCAUUAGAUAAAGCUAUAGCACCGUGCAGACCUGUAUUUAACACGCAUGAGCCCAGCAGCCUCUCGGAAAAGCAACGAGCUUUGUAACAAGCCAGUUUUUGUAAUUGUGUCGAGCCUCCCGGUCGUCUUUUCAGGGGAAGAAAAGACGUACGUACCCGCGCGAGGCUACUCGUAAAAACAACAGUAUCUUACUAAAGGCUAAUAUUCUGUGAACCGACCACUCCCAUGCCAAAGAAGAACCACAUUUUAUAUAGCCUUAGUUUUGUAGCGUUUUCUUGCUUUCUUCCGAUAAGCAAAUGCUAGGGCAGCUGCACUUCUGUCUUUUUUCCUUUGUUACUCAGACCAAGACCAGCAGGCAGCUCCAGCUGAGGCAACACUUCACUCAGUUUUGAGCCCUGAAUGUUUUUUUAUGGGAAACUUUUCUCGUUUUUCUAAGUGCUGAAAGUUGGAGAAGGAAACCCCUUUUUCUAGUGAUCCUCCUCCUCCCACCUCUCCCUCCACAAUAAGAGCCACAUUGUAGGUAUGGACGACCAGUCCCGCAUGAUGUUGGGUCAUAUUGGACUAAGUGGACUGUCUCACGAGGAUGUGGGUGACCCUGACAACAUAAGGAAACAUCACAACAUGGGUCAGCCGCAGCAGCAGGACAUUGGGGAGAUCCUGCAGCAGAUCAUGGUCAUCACAGAUGAGAGUCUCGAUGAGGCCCAGGCCAGGAAACAUGCUUUAAACUGCCACAGAAUGAAGCCCGCCCUCUUCAGUGUCCUGUGUGAGAUCAAAGAAAGGACAGCCCUGAGCAUCCGAGGAGCGCAGGACGAAGACGGUCCGGACCCUCAGAUCAUGCGCCUGGACAACAUGCUGCUGGCAGAGGGGGUGGCGGGUCCAGAGAGGGGCGGGGCCUCUGCAGCGGCGGCGGUGGUUGCUGCGGCAGCCGGAGGGUCGCCCGCCGAAAGCAACGUAGAACACAGCGAGUACAAAGAAAAGCUCGCUCAGAUACGACGGAUGUACCACGCCGAGCUGGAGAAAUACCAACAGGCAUGCAAUGAAUUCACUGACCACGUGAUGAACCUGCUGAGGGAGCAGUCCCGCACGCGGCCCAUCUCACCCAAAGAGAUCGAGCGAAUGGUGGGAAUAAUUCACCGCAAGUUCAGCACCAUCCAGAUGCAGUUGAAGCAGAGCACGUGUGAAGCCGUCAUGAUCCUACGCUCCAGGUUCCUGGAUGCCAGACGGAAACGAAGAAACUUCAGCAAGCAGGCGGCAGAGGUUUUGAAUACAUAUUUUUACUCCCAUCUGGCAAACCCGUACCCCAGUGAGGAGGCCAAAGAGGACCUGGCCAGGAAGUGCUCCAUCACCGUAUCUCAGGUGGCCAACUGGUUUGGAAACAAGAGGAUUCGGUAUAAGAGGAAUGUUGCAAAGCUGCAGGAGGAAGCUAACCGGUAUGCUGUGAAGACAGCUGUGGACGCAACCAGUGUUUCUUCACAGGCAAGCCUAGCCAACUCCCCUGGAACACCAAACUCAGGAGGAUACCCAGCCCCGUGUUACACUCCUGACGGGAGGUUAUGAGGACCUGCCUGGUCAUACUCUCCUCCCUCUUCUCCGUUUCCAUGCUGAUGAUGGCGGUUAUCUUCCUCCCAUCUCUCCCCCACCAAGAGUGCGAGCACUACGUCACCUCCAGCUGAUGCUCCACCCUCCCCCUGCUCCUCAGACUAAUACAACCCUAGACUGUAGGCUAACCUCCAGCCACACAACAAACAGAGCUUUACCAAAACUCUGCAACUUUUCUCUUUUGUUUUGCUUUGUGAUGCCGAGUCUUUCUAACAUCUUUUAUUUUAACCCCUUCACUUGACAAAUGUGUUAACACCUUUAUAUUUUUCUUUUUACUAUUACUCACACAAUGUUUCCAUUGUUUGUUUUUUUCAAAAAAGAAAAGUAAAUAAUGAAAAUAAUCUUUUUUUUUUUUUUUUUUUUUUAAAUGUAGUGCUUCACCUGCAGUGAGACCUUCACUGUAUGAAGGGUUAGGGCCUGUAUGAGGCCUUGGAUCAGAUGUGGGUUUGUUAUUUUAUUUCAGAAAGUUAAAAUAGGAAAGAAAAAAAAGAAUAAAAAAAAGCAUGUGGUUAUUUUUAGAUGUUAAACUACGAUUUUAUUUUGUAUUUUUUCUUUGAAGUUUUUUAAGAAAAAUGUUGUCACUGAGAAAAAUGCAUUGAGAGAAUACAACAAAAAACAUCUAGAUGGCAGAAAUGACCAAAAAUAAAAACAUUGUCACUUAUUAAAUUUUUCUUUGCUUCAGACAAAAAAACUGGUUUGAGUUUGUUUUAAUUCAUACAAAUGUUAAUACAAUAUAUAUAUUUUGUAUCUUCCAUGCUUUUGAAGAAAGCUAAACCAAAGAGGCUUUAAGGAGGACUGACCCCGGUUCAGUUUUAGAUCACACUGUACCAAUGAGAUCAUGUGGGUUUUUGUUCAUUUGUGCCCUCUAGUGUUGAAUAGUGGAACUGCAAAUAAUCUAAUUCUUGAUAUUCUGACAAGUUUUCCUGCCAAUUUCUUUCUCUUACUUGCUAAUCUUUAAUUGUGAAUAAACAGAAACAGGCUUUUUGUCUAAA